UUGGUACAGACCACAAAUAAUGAAACAAGUACAUUUUCCUCUGUGUGAACAGUUUAAACAUCCUAAGAGUUGAAACGCCAAGUUUCCCAAGAAGUGCUCCCAAGUAAAGGCUCCCUGGGGGGAGUCAGGUAAACUGACUCUGGUUCAGUUCAUCAGGUGAUACUGUAGGAGGAGGAGGAGGGGUCACAGGUAUCUGCAGGUAUGAAGACCGCGGCUGACAUCACCUGCCUCCAGCUCCGAGCGAAGCCCCGUGGAGCGAGGGUCACUCGUGCAGAUGGAGCAACUCCAGGCGUGGAGAUUCUUCGGCCUCAUCGUUCUCACCACCGCCCAGACCACCACACUCAGCCCCGACCCUCAGCCCUCCUACCUGCUGCUGGCUCCCAAAGACGUCCGUCCUGGAGUCCCAACGUCGGUGUCAGUCACCAUCCUGACCGCCUCACCGGUCACUGUAUCUGCUCACAUCAUUCACAACAACCAGACCGGGGCCUCAAACUCUACCACAGUUGAAGGAGGUUCAACUAAGUUGCUGACUUUGCCACCUAUCCAGGAGAGCGAGUCCAGCUACUGGCACCCUUACAUCCUGGAGGUCAAAGGUCACGUGGGCGGCGUCCAGGUCUUCUCCAACUCAACACAGCUGCAGUUCCACCCCAAAUGCCUCUCCACCUUCAUCCAGACAGACAAGCUGAACUAUCAGCCGGGGCAGGUGGUGAAGAUCAGGGUGCUGUCCGUUCACCCCAACGGGAAACCCUUCAUGAGCCCAGUGGACAUCAUCAUCAGGGAUCCGAGGGGGAACCUGCUCAGACAGUGGCUGGCUGCAGAUAGUGUCCUCGGGGUUGUGUCCAAAGAGUUUCAGCUGUCUGAAAACCCACCUCUGGGUGGAUGGACCAUCGUCACAACAGUCAAUAGUGUUUCAACUGAGAAGCAUUUCAGUGUGGUCCAUUAUGUUCUGCCAAAAUUUGAAGUUGUGAUAAACGUUCCGAAAGUAAUUCAUCAUGAGGACACUCUGUGGGGCUCCGUCACAGCGAAAUACACGUACGGGAAGCCUGUUCAGGGAGAUAUGAAUAUAACAUACCUGCACCACUUUCAUGGUAUUGAAGACGUUUAUGAUGAAUUCAGUGAGAUUGACGGCACCGCAGACUUCAUGUUUGACGUUCCCGAAUACCACCCCAUGAGCAAAAGAGCUGUAGAGAGUGCCUUCUAUGAGGGAUCCGUGGAUUAUGAGUUUUUGACGAUUGUGGUUCAUGUGACUGAACAGCUGACAGGUCUCACAUACAACAGUACAGCAAAGGUGACUUUGGCAAAGUUCAGAUUUAAAGUUUCCUUUGAUUGCUAUCCCCAAAUAUUAAGGCCCUUUCUGAACUUCACUGCCAGGCUGAAAGUAUCUACAUACAAUGAUGAGCCGCUGUCACCGGAAGAUCUGCUGAAAAACAUCCAAGUUUCAGUGAUGCAGGGAAUUCAAAGUCCAUGGAGCUGGAAUAAGGAAGAAAUAGACAUAAUGGAGCCUCGUCAAGGAAAAAAGUUGGAUGUUCCCUUUAUGCAAGUCCGUCCGGAGGAGAUGCCGCCUGUAGACAUGGAGUUUCCUGUCCCAGCAGAUGGAGUCAUACCCCUCUACAUCCAGAUAAUGAACGGAACCGAAACACUCACAAUUGAUGCUUCUUUUCGGGACAGCUAUAGCACUCUACAGCUCUAUAGAAGCUACACAUCCCCCAGUGACUCCUACCUGCAGAUUCAGAAACCCUCCAGACCUGUAGAGGUUGGUGAACCUCUCCCACUGCACAUUGAAAGGAAUUUUCCCAUGACUGAGAUUCACUACAUAGUGAAGUCCAGAGGUCAGGUGGUUUCUGCUGGGAAAGGCUCUGGAGUUCUAACUCUGGUCCCAGACAUCACUUGGGCUCCUCUGGCCUGCAUCAUCGUCUACUGUGUGCAUCCAAAUGGAGAGAUCGUCAAUGAUGUGAUACAGUUACCCAUCAAACAAACGUUACAGAACCAGGUUUCUCUGAGCUGGAGCAACGCUAUGGUGAGACCAGGUAACAAUGUGACUCUAGAGGUCGCUGUGGCGGAACCUGCCUCUCUGGUAGGGAUCCUGGUGGUGGACAAGGCGACGAAGUUUGCAGGAUCACACAAUGACAUCUCCAAGGAGUCGGUGCUGAGGGAGAUGGGGGGGUACGAGGUUUCCACAGCCAACGCCUAUUCUGACACGUUGAGAAUGGGAGAUCCAGACUCCAUCUUUAAGACAUGUGGUCUUGUAGCGUUGACUGAUGCCACUUUAUACAUGAUGGACCAUCAUAUGAAUCCUGAAUUUCCAGGGGAGGGAAUACAUCUCCUGGCUGACACAGAAAUUCAAUACAUGGAGCAAAAACAGGAGCCACGCGAGCGCUGGAACUUUCCAGAGACCUGGAUAUGGAUGGACACUAACACUGGUAAUUCCGACUCAGCAGAGAUACAUCUGACUGUACCUGACAGCAUCACAACCUGGACGGCCACCGCCUUCGUCUUAUCUGAGAACCUGGGCCUGGGCAUCGUAGAGAGUCCUGCAGAGCUCACAGUGUUCCAGGAUUUCUUCCUUUCUUUGAAUCUUCCGGCCUACGUUAUCCGAGGAGAGGAGCUGCUGCUGGAGGUCAUUCUGUUCAACUAUCUGCCACAGGACCUGGAGGUCAUGGUGAUUGUUGCACACAGCGACACCUUCCAGUUCGUCUUCCCGGACAAUGAGGAGCUCCCCACGCCCAACGUUCGUCAUGUGUCGGUGAGGAGCCAGAGCGGGGCGUCCGUCCUCAUUCCCAUCAGGCCGCUGGUCCUCGGAGAGAUCCCCGUCUCUGUGAAAGCCAUGUCGUCUGAGGGGUCCGACUUCGUCCGCAUGGGUGUGCUCGUCAAGGCCGAAGGACUCGAGCAGUCGUUCUCCACCUCGCUGCUGUUUGAGGUUUCUGCCUCGCAGCUUUCCAGAGACGUGAUUUUCACCUUCCCGGCAGAUGUUGUGGAGGGCAGCGAGAGGGUUUCAGUGACGGCCGUCGGUGACAUCCUCGGCCCCUCCAUCAGCGGCCUGGACUCUCUGAUCCAGAUGCCGUACGGCUGCGGGGAGCAGAACAUGAUCCACUUUGCACCGAACAUCUACGUUCUGCAGUAUCUGAGCGCUACAGGACAGGCUGACCAGGACAUCACAGACACAGCAACAACGUACAUGAUGAAAGGUUAUGAGCGAGAGCUGUCCUAUCAGAGAGUGGACGGCUCCUUCAGUGCCUUCGGAGACAGCGACUCAUCUGGAAGCACCUGGCUCUCCGCCUUCGUGCUGAGGUGUUUCCUGCAGGCACGGCCAUUCAUCAGCAUCGACGCCCACGUGUUGCACAGAGCAGCGGCCUGGUUAGGGGCCCAGCAGGGGGCUGAUGGGAGAUUCGAAGAGCCCGGUCGGGUCAUCCACACGGAGCUCCAAGGGGGCCUGGACGGCCCUGUGUCGCUCACAGCCUACGUCCUCAUCGCCCUGCUUGAAGAUGACGACAUCAAGGCUCAGUACUGGAGCCAGGUGUCUGCUGCCCUGAUGUUCCUGGAGACCCGUCUGGCCCUCGGCGUCUCCACUAACUACAGCCACAGCCUGCUCACUUAUGCUCUGGUUCUGGCUGGCAGUUCCAGCGCACCGACAGCAAUCAAUGAGUUGAUUGGACGCGCCGAGAUGAGAGACGGCGUGCCGAUGUGGUCUUCCCCAGACGGCAGCCUGUCGUCCUCGUGGCAGCCUCGCUCUGCGGACAUCGAGAUGGCGUCCUACGUGCUGCUCUCUCAACACAAACUGGGCCUCAUCGCAGAGGGGCUCAGCCUCAUGAAGUGGCUCAGCCAGCAGCGGAACCCCAGGGGGGGAUUCGGGAGCACUCAGGACACAGUCGUGGCUCUGCAGGCCUUGUCCACGUUCACAGCUCUUGGUGGGUCUCACGACAUCGACCUCACCGUCAAAGUGGAAACUGACCCAUCAACCACCGUCGCCGCCUUCCAUAUCCGCCAGGACAACUACCUGCUUCACCAGAGCCAGCAGAUUGAACCAGAGGAGACGCUGAACCUGAAGGUUACCGCAGAGGGCCGAGGACUCGCUCUGUUUCAGCUGAACGUGUUUUACAACAUCAGGAGCGAUGAGCCGAUGAUGAGGAGGAGGCGACACACAGGAGAGCACGAGGCGUUUCAUCUGUACGUCGACCUGUACGAUGCGGAGUCAGACUCCGCACAGCUGCACAUCUGCAGCAGUCUGUCGGAGGGUUCGGGUCUGAAUGCGACGGGCAUGGCCAUCGUGGAGGUGGGUCUGCUGAGCGGCUUCACUCUGCCUCCAGAAGGCUUACCGACCGAUGAUGCCUUAAAGAAGGUGGAGACACAGCCGGGGAAAGUCGUCCUGUACCUGGACUCUGUGACAACGGACGAGAUGUGUGUACAGAUUCCUCUGGUCAUGGAGUACAAAGUCGCCAAAAUGCAGGAAGCGAGUGUUGUCAUCUAUGAUUAUUAUGAACCAAGACGGAGGACGGUGAGGAUGUAUAAAUCAGACUGGAGGAGCGACAUGUCGGCCAGCUACUUCUGUGGCGAUGACUACAGUCAGUGCUCCGACAGCACAGUUUAUCACAUCAGCGCUGCGUCACCCUGCAGCCACAACUUCCAGCUAACCGGUUCACUUCCCGCUCUGCUCCUCCUCUUCCUCCUCCUCAUCUAAAUGAGGUCAAGCUAUUUCUAGGUCAGCUCUGUAGAUGCAUAUAUUUCUCAAGCUUUGUGGAAGAUGCGAGUCGUUUACAUGAGUUGUAUGAUGUGAUUGAUUUUUUGAAAAUGCACAAUUUUUUUUAUGUUGUUUUAAUAAACAUGUCUCCUAGUUUUACUGAUUAUUGUGCCUGUCACCUGCCUGGUGUUGAUUAGAAUGAAAAAUUAAAUUUUAAUUGAUGUU